AUGCAUUGUCCUCAAAUCUGCAAGAAUUUGAAUAUGAUUUAUAUGCACAUCUACCAAUCUUACAUAUGGAGCUAUGUCUUAUCAGAAAGAGUGCAGCUGUAUGGGUGUGAGUCAGAGAAGCCUGCCAUUGAAGAUCUACCUGCCGUCACAACUGGCGGGAAAGAUAUUGUAGAAGUAGCACUGGAUGGUGACAACAAGACUGCAACAAGAGAAAUUGUGUAG